UUUCACUCAGCAUCGCUGCCCCACCUGGUCUUGUCAGCUGGGCCCCUUGGUGAGGGGAGACCCCUGCCGCCACCCAGCCUGCCCUUGCUGCCUGAGCCACCCUGGCCUGGCUUAGCUCCCUUGCCCUUCUCCUUCUGUCCAUCCCACCCGGAGCUCCCCUGUCCUCCAGCUCCUGUCUAGACCCUUCCAAGAUGGUGCCCCCCAAAGUGACUCUUGCUGAGGUCUGAUCACCCCAAGCCUGAGGGCUGGGAAUGGGCAGGUGCAGGGGUCCUGGAGCCCAGCUCCGGGUGAGCCGGCCAGCAUGACCCGAGGCGUGGGGCUAGACGACGAGCUGCCCGACUGGGCUGGCGCCAAGGAGUUCUACCAGAAGUAUGACCCCAAGGACGUCAUCGGCAGGGGCGUGAGCAGCGUGGUGCGGCGAUGUGUGCACAAGCAGACGGGGCAGGAGUUUGCGGUGAAGAUCAUCGAGGUGACCUCGGAGCGCAUGACCCCGCAGCAGCUGGAGGAGGUGCGGACCUCCACGGGCAAGGAGAUUGCCAUCCUGCGUCAGGUGGCAGGGCACCCCUACAUCAUCACACUCAUCGAUUCCUACGAGUCGUCCACAUUCAUGUUCCUGGUGUUUGAUCUGAUGCGGCGUGGGGAGCUCUUUGACUACCUGACGGAGAAAGUGACCCUGAGUGAGAAGGAGACCAGGUGCAUCAUGCGAGCGCUGCUGGAGGCGGUGAGCUACUUGCAUGCCAGCCACAUCAUCCACCGUGACCUGAAGCCCGAGAACAUCCUCAUGGACGAUCAGCUCAAUAUAAAGCUCUCCGACUUCGGCUUCUCCUGCCGGCUGGAGCCAGGCCAGAAACUGCGGGAGCUGUGCGGGACCCCCGGGUACCUAGCCCCAGAGAUCCUCAAGUGCUCCAUGGAUGAGACGCACCCGGGCUACGGCCAGGAAGUGGACCUGUGGGCAUGUGGUGUGAUCUUCUUCUCCCUGCUGGCCGGCUCGCCCCCGUUCUGGCACCGCAAGCAGAUGCUGAUGCUGCGCAUGAUCAUGGAGGGGCACUACCAGUUCAGCUCUCCGGAGUGGGAUGACCGCUCUGACACCGUCAAGGACCUGAUCUCGCGGCUAUUGCGUGUGGAGCCGUCGGAGCGGCUAACGGCGGAGCAGGCCCUGCAGCAUCCCUUCUUCGAGCGCUGCGUGGGGCGCCCAGUCCGGCUGUUCAGCCCCUACCGCCGGUUCAGGGUGCUGGUGUGGACGGUGCUGGCCUCCAUCCGCAUGUUCAACAGCUACCGGGUGCGCACGCGGCCGGUGACGCGGGAGCUGCUGCUGCGCGACCCCUACGCGCUGAAGGGCGUGCGCAAGCUCAUCGACGCCUGCGCCUUCCGCAUCUACGGCCACUGGGUGAAGAAGGGCGAGCAGCAGAACCGCGCUGCCCUCUUUGAGAACCUGCCCAAGGCCCUGCUGCUGGCCCUAAUGGGCGCUGAGGGCGAGGGGGCGGAGCUGGGCCAGGGCGAGGAGGCGGAGCACUACUGUAGCACCACUGCUCCUCUUCACUAGGAGGCAGGGACCAGGCUGGGCUGCGGGAGAUCCCGGGGUGGCCCCCCAUAGCCUGGGAACCGCAAGUGGGGGGGAGGGGGGGGAUGGUUGCACUGAACAUCAAGCCAGGGGAAA